AUGCGUUACGCACCAGCUCCGUCAACUUUCCAUGUACCAUAUGCAGUACCUGCAGAGACAGCUUAUUCAGUACCCAACCAGGAGUCACAUGGCGACAUUGACAUGCGCGACGGUAACACCGUGCUAGCCGCUGCCAAAAGCGAUUCUUCAUCGUCUCAUUUGGAUUUUCUAUCUCUCAGCCAGAUCGCAGAAGAGCUGGCAGGAAGAUUCAAACGACGCGAUGCAAGCUGUCUCCACCAAAAACAUGCGGUCGCCGAGUACAUUCCUACUCCACUUGCAGAAUUGGAAAGAAUGAAGCAAGAAGAGAAAAAGCGAAAGAAGAAGAAGGAUAAAGAGUAUGAGCCAUCUUUUGAAGAAGUGAAGGAAAAAUUGAAAGCUGGACCAAGCAAGCGGCGGCUUCUCAGCGAAGACGAAAUUUCUACUCUUUUCGAGGAUACUCCAGAGCCUAAGCGAAAAAAGGUGAAAGAGGAGAAUGUCUUGUCAAAAAAGAGGGAGAGAAGUCAUUCCAAAAGAGCCAGUGCUUCCCCCUCCAAGUCUCCGGAGGUGGCGUCAGAUCCAUCACCUCUGCUGAAGUCUUCUAAGAAAGAAUUGGAACGCAAAUCGGUCGUGGUUACCAAGGACGUGGAAACCUCGUCUUCAGCAACUUCCAAUUCUACGGAGGAUGUCAAAGAGACUAGUCCAGAGCUGUUGGGAGCUACGAAGAAACGGAUCGCAAGAGAA